CAGCGAUGGUCGGAGAGGCGAGGUCCGGCCAGCGGGUCUGCGCGCUCCGACAACCUCCCCUGUGAUGCAGGAGGCGAGCGGGAGCUGCCUGAAUUUCCCGGGGCUUUCGGAAGGGGAUGGUCGGACAGGAGGGCUCCGGUUUCUGGAUGUGACUGAGAAAUCCUGAUGUCUGCUUACCUGAUGAUCUGCGCGGUCCUGCACUUGGGAGUGGACAUCAAUCUGGCCGGAGGGCACGGUCCGUGCACAGAUUUACAACCACUGGAUCUCCUAUCAGAAGUUGCUGAAGCCCCUCGAAUGGAGAUAGACGGAAUCAGGAUGGUCCAGGAACAUGGCGUCCGUGGGCUGCGAUUCAGUAAGGAUACGAAGGCAGUCAGCUUCUCCGCCUCUCUCAUCUUCAAAGUCUGUCAUUAUUUCCCAGCAGAAUUCUCCAUUGUCAUCACACUGAAACUGAACAGCAUAACAUUAAAGAAGAACGAAUACAUUUUGACGUUGAUUGAAGAGGACUUAAACAACAUGUUGCUGGGGCUGAGGAUCUCGCCUGACAAGCUUCACCUGGAGUUUGCCCAGGGAGGCCUGCCCAACAGCCACAGGGAGCGUGUGACGUUCCAGGACAUCUACCUGGCUGACCACCAGUGGCACACCUUGGUACUGGCUGUGUCAGCCAACUUCGUGUCUCUCACUGUGGACUGCAGCUCUCCUAUUGACACGUAUCUGGACAUACCUUUCCCAGAAUAUUUAGGCACGGCAAGAUCUCGAUUUUACAUUGGGAACAGGAGGAGACGGAAAGGACUGUUUUCAGGGUUACUGAGACAACUGGUGCUGCUGCCGGGAUCUGAUGCGACCCAGAGGAUCUGCCCCAGUCCCACUCCCAGACUGGCGGCGCUCUCCAUCCCGAAGAUCCUGAUGGAGCUCCCUCUGCGGCCUUCGGACAAUGACAUCUUGAAGUACCCUUAUGAAACAGAAGUGAAGGUGAUGGUAGGAAACCAUCCUCCAUGCACUGAGACUGAAGUCAGCCGCCUCUGGUUUGAUGUCUUCAACAAAGGCUUCUUUAUCUGUAAUGGCAAGAACUGGAUAUCGAUCUUAAAAACUAAAAAGAGACUGGAUUAUGUCGAAGACUAUCAAAAUCUGAUCACCAACUCGGAAACACUUGAUGUUGAGAUCUUUGAGAUUCCCAAUGUUGGACUCUUUGCUGCCACAGCCAAUAAGAAGCCUCAGCCUGGAUCGAUGAUUUUUAAGUGGUUGAAGGGGAAAUUUGAACCGUAUCAGAACAUCACAACAUAUGAAGCACAGGCAUGGAAGCACUUCUCCAUUGGCCCACAGGUAUUUUUGGUUGUGGCCAACUUUGAGAAGAAUGAAAGGAACCAGGAAUACUCGGUCGUCUACAAGUGGAGCCGCAGGAAGCUGCUGUUUGUGUUGUAUCAGAGGCUAGCCACUCACAGUGCACGGGACUGGGAGGCCUUUCAGAUCAAUGGGGAGACCUUCCUUGCUGUAGCCAACCAUCGUGAAGGAGACAAUCACAACAUCAACAGUAUUAUCUACAAAUGGAACCCUGAAUCACGAUUGUUUGAAAGAAACCAGACUAUUCCCACAUCUGGAGCCUAUGACUGGGAAUUCUUCACCGUCGGACCAUAUUCCUUCCUUGUCGUGGCAAACACUUUCAAUGGAACCUCAACCCGGAUCUACUCUCGGAUUUACAUCCAACUGGGUGGAGUGUUCCGACUUUUCCAAUCAAUCCCGACAUACGGUGCUACGGACUGGGAGAUGUUCCGUGUUGAAGGAAGAGUCUUUCUUGCAGUUGCCAACAGUCAGAGCUAUCAGACCGGCUCAGCAAACGGAGUCAACUCCUUCAACAUCAACUCCACCAUCUAUGAACUUAACAUCACCGCACAGAUGUUUGUCAAAUUUCAGGACAUCCUGACUUACAGUGCUGUUGAUUGGGAGUUCUUCACGGUGGGUGAUGACAGCUUCCUGGUUGUGGCAAACUCGUAUGACGGCUCCAAGUUCUUUUUAAACAGUGUUAUAUACAGGUGGCAGGGCUACGAAAACUUUGUCCCGGUCCAUCACUUGCCGACGUAUGGCUGUACAGACUGGGAGCAGUUCAACACGGAAGAAGGCUCGUACCUCAUCUACUCCAGCGCCAAGGAACGCAUUUCCAAGGUGCUCAGACUGAAAAUCUAUUGACCCAGGAAGUAAUGUGGCCAGAGCUUCAAAGAUCAUGGAAACUCCCGAAUAAGAGGACCCCCGUUCCAGGGGUCUUUGAAUUGGAACAAAUUUACCUCAGCGAACUAGCUUACACAUCAGAAGGGACAAUCCUGCUUACUUAUGAAGAUUUUUUUUUUAUUGUCGGAUGAUCAGAAAAGAAGAUUACUUCCCUUCUGACUGCAUCAGGAGAGCUGACUUUAAUGGGUGCCAAUGAACCAUUCGGAUGGACAAGGAGUUUGUGCUGUGUGGUCUCGAUUUAUUUAUGUAUAUCUAUUUCAUGUUUUGCACACAGUGCUGACUCUCUCAGCAGCACUAACAGGUUGGUCAAGUUGGAUUUGGAGGGGAUAAGGGAGCAGGACUCCCUAGGGCCACUGGCCCAGCUCUCCAUCGAGUUACACUCCACCAAGCAGAAAAGCUUUAAUAAAGCUGUUUUGUUUACAAUCUCAUACAAAUUGAAUUCGGAGGCAACUCCAACACCAACGGCUACUGAUGACUGUCUCACCAAGUUCCACCUUUCCCUGAAACAUUCACAGCUGCAUUUGUCUCUCAGCACUGUUUUCAAUGCACAGAGCUGAAGAACCC